CGAUGACGAAAGACAUCGUCGCAUGUUGGAUAAUAAUAUAUUAAUCCAUUUACAUAUGAUGUCUAUAUAUAUAUAAAUAUACAUUUGACCAACCUGACUGAGAUUAAAAACAUGGAAGAUAAAGUUGUUGUGGAGCUGAAGAAUCUGGUUGACGACGCGACGUUAGCUCCUGAAGAGAAGACGACUUUAGUCCUCCACACACUGCGAGAGGCCCUGACCAGGGGGUCGGUCGGUCCAACCCAGGACCUGGCCGGUCUGAAGAGGCGUCUUGUCGACGCCCACAUCCUGGACUUCUGCUUAGCAGCCAUGAGCCUGGAGCAUGUUACCAUGGAGACUGAUGUACUGCGGCCGGGGAGGCUCACCAUGGAGACCUGGAGGAACGCUGUGCACCUGGGCCAGAUCCUCAGGUGAGGCUGCUAUAGGCUCAUCCUGACAGAGGUCAAAGGUCAACCAGGUGAAGCAGCUGACAGCUGAACCAGGUGACAGCUGAACCAGCUGACAGGUGAACCAGGUGGACCAGGUGACGGGUGAACCAGGUGGACCAGGUGACAGGUGGACCAGCUGACAGGUGCACCAGGUGAACCAGCCGACAGGUGUACUAGCUGACGAGUGUACCAGGUCAACCAGCUGACAGGUGUACUGGUGAACCAGGUGUACCAGCUGACAGGUGAACCAGCUGAACCAGCCGACAGGUGAACCAGCCGACAGGUGCACCAGGUGACAGGUGUACCAGUUCCUGCUGUGUGGGGGCGGAGCCUGACAAAGACCAGAAGGCCUUCUACAGGCUUCUGCCGUCGGUCAUGGAGGGACUGCUUUCAUUGGCUUGCAGGCUGAUGACUCAAGUAGCAGAGAGAACAGAGUGUCUCUCUCUCUAUAGGACGGUCAUGGAUUCGGUGGGGUGGCUCCUCGGAGCCCACAGCGGUCUCACCCCUCAAGUUCUGAGCUCUCUGUAUUAUGAGAGGAUGCAGGUGUGCGACGAUGUCAUCAUCUCUCUGGUCUGCGUCUCACUGUGGAGUCAAAUCUGCAGAACCAGCAGUGACUUCCUGUCGGGGUUGAGUGACGACUCCGUGCUCCUGUUGAUGAACGACGCUGUCGGCCAGUUGGCUGUCAGCUCUGACAACGCAGUGGGCGGAGCUUGCAUUGGCUUGCUUGUCCUAAUAGCCAAUCAGCUGGACAGGCCACGCCACGCCCUCCUCCGCACCUUCCCAGGUUUGGACCGCCUUCUCAACAAAGACUGGAGGAGGCGGGGCUUCAAGCAAGAGGUCGAUCAGCUCAUUGCAAUCCUUCAUUCUGAUUGGCCCACAGCAGAGAACACCCAGGCAGGUUGUGAGCGCGUGCGGGCCGCCUGUGUGAUCCAGGCCGCGUGGAGAGGUCAUGUGACCAGAAAUAGAAUCAAGAACCUGCCCAGAGCGGUUGGCCUCCUGCAGAGGAAAUACAGGGCGAAGGUCAAUCAGCGAAAACUUCUGGAACAGACGAAUCGUUGGGAAGCAGAGCUCAAAUACCAGGUAUAUUUGAGGAGACAACGAGCCAGAAGGCGUUUCCACCAGAAGCAGAAACAGCUGCUUCACCUUCUACCAGCUGCGCUGGUCCAGAGGUACCAGCACCAGCUGGAGGGUUCUGCUGCCGUGGCAAUCCAGAGAUGGUGGCGAGGGCACCGGGAGGAGAGGAGCUUCCACACACUCCGUCACGCACACACACAGCACCGCGCAGCGAGCACCCUGCAGAGAGCGGUUCUUAACUUCCUGAGGAAACGCAGAGGUUUGAAGGCCCCUCCCACGUGCUUUAAAUUGAUUGGUCUGACGGACAGACGAAGGGCGGAGCUAAAUAAAGAGGUGGAGCAUUAUGUGCGUCAUAAUCCGUCGUACGCUGUCUCCCAGCAGGCCUGCAGUCAGCUGUUCCUCCAGACCCAGAGCCUCCUCCUCUCCACUGACCUGGAGCUCUACGCCCGCCGACAGCAGCACAGAGACGCCCUGCUGGCACACACCAACACACAGCUGGACCUGCUGGCAGACGCCCCCUCCCUGGGGGUUGCCACGGCUACAGAGGUGCAGGUCUUCCACAGUCGCUCCGGGCCGGUGGCGGCCUGGGCCCAGCAUUCCCAUGAUGCAUUGCUGCAGGCAAGCAGCCUGCCCUGGUGGAACCGCUGGCUGGAUAACCCUGAUGACCUCACUUCCACCCUAAGUCCCGCCUCUCAAGUAGAGCUGGCAGUCGGGUUGGAUUCUGAUUGGAAGUUUGAUUGUCCAGUAAAAAUGAUUUAAGAUAUUCAACACAUCAAUUAAAACCUUGGUUAAUCCUAAA